AUGCCGAGGAGCCGGGGCGGCCGCGCUGCGCCGGGCCAGGCCGCGCGCUCGAGCGCCUGGCGGGCCCCGGGGCGGCUGCUGCCACUGCUGCCCGCGCUCUGCUGCCUCGCGGCGGCGGCGGGGGCCGGAAAGCCGGCCGGGGCGGACGCGCCCUUCGCCGGGCAGAACUGGUUAAAAUCCUACGGCUAUCUGCUUCCGUAUGAUUCACGGGCAUCGGCGUUGCAUUCAGGGAAGGCCUUACAGUCAGCAGUCUCCACUAUGCAGCAGUUUUACGGGAUCCCAGUCACCGGUGUGUUGGAUCAGACAACAAUCGAGUGGAUGAAGAAACCCCGAUGUGGUGUCCCUGACCAUCCCCACUUGAGCAGGAGGCGGAGAAAUAAGCGCUAUGCCCUGACUGGACAGAAGUGGAGGCAGAAACACAUCACCUACAGCAUUCACAACUACACCCCGAAGGUGGGGGAGCUGGACACACGGAAAGCUAUCCGCCAGGCUUUCGAUGUGUGGCAGAAGGUAACCCCUCUGACUUUUGAAGAGGUGCCAUACCAUGAGAUCAAAAGUGACCGGAAGGAGGCAGACAUCAUGAUCUUCUUUGCUUCUGGUUUCCAUGGUGACAGCUCCCCAUUUGAUGGGGAAGGGGGAUUUCUCGCCCAUGCCUACUUUCCUGGCCCAGGAAUUGGAGGAGACACUCACUUCGAUUCAGAUGAGCCCUGGACACUAGGAAAUGCCAACCAUGAUGGCAAUGACCUCUUCCUGGUGGCUGUGCAUGAACUGGGCCAUGCCCUGGGACUGGAACACUCUAAUGACCCCAGUGCCAUCAUGGCACCCUUCUACCAAUACAUGGAGACGCACAACUUUAAACUGCCCCAGGAUGACCUCCAGGGUAUCCAGAAGAUUUACGGACCCCCAGCUGAACCCCUGGAGCCCACAAGGCCCCUUCCUACACUCCCGGUCCGCAGGAUCCACUCACCAUCUGAGAGGAAACAUGAGAGGCAGCCCAGGCCCCCUCGGCCACCUCUAGGGGACCGACCAUCCACUCCAGGUGCCAAGCCCAACAUCUGUGAUGGCAACUUCAACACGGUGGCCCUCUUCCGGGGUGAGAUGUUUGUGUUUAAGGAUCGCUGGUUCUGGCGCCUGCGCAAUAACCGGGUGCAGGAGGGCUACCCCAUGCAGAUCGAGCAGUUCUGGAAGGGCCUGCCAGCCCGCAUAGAUGCAGCCUACGAAAGGGCUGAUGGAAGAUUUGUCUUCUUCAAAGGUGACAAGUACUGGGUGUUCAAAGAAGUGACGGUGGAACCUGGGUACCCCCACAGCUUGGGAGAGUUGGGCAGCUGCCUACCCCGUGAAGGAAUCGACACAGCUCUGCGCUGGGAACCUGUGGGCAAAACCUACUUCUUCAAAGGGGAACGAUACUGGCGCUACAGCGAGGAGCGGCGAGCCACAGACCCUGGCUACCCCAAGCCCAUCACUGUGUGGAAGGGCAUCCCGCAGGCUCCACAAGGGGCCUUCAUCAGCAAGGAAGGAUAUUACACCUACUUCUACAAAGGUCGCGACUACUGGAAGUUUGACAACCAGAAACUGAGUGUGGAGCCAGGCUACCCACGCAACAUCCUGCGUGACUGGAUGGGCUGCAAGCAGAAGGAGGUGGAGCGGCGGAAGGAGCGGAGGCUGCCCCAGGAUGAUGUGGACAUCAUGGUGACCAUCGAUGAUGUGCCAGGCUCCGUGAACGCUGUGGCUGUGGUUGUCCCCUGCACCCUGUCCCUCUGCCUCCUGGUGCUGCUCUAUACUAUCUUCCAGUUCAAGAACAAGGCGGGUCCUCAGCCCGUCACCUACUAUAAGCGGCCAGUCCAGGAGUGGGUAUGAGCAGCCCAGAGCCCUCUCUGUCUACCCAGUCUGGCCAGCCAGGCCCUUCCUCACCAGGGUCUGAGGGGGCAGCUCUAGCCACUGCCCACCGGGGCCAGCAGGGCCCUAGGCCAGGUUCGUGUGUCGCUGAAGUGGUGGGUGCAUUGGUCUAGGCUGUGUGGGGCAGGGAGAGAUGGUGGCUGUGCCCCAGGUUGGGUAGCUGGCGUACCACUCUCAAGGGAAUAGGCCAGGCCCUGUCAGGAGGCAAGGAUCAUGCCAGGAGGUGCCCCUGAGGUCACUGCAUCCUGUGGUGUCUGCAGAGUACCGAAGCGCCAGGCCUGGCCGGGACCCAGCCCUCUAAGGCAAGCCAGCACUAGCUCUCACCUCAACCCUUUCCCGAGAUGCCGCCAAUCCCAGUCCCCUCUGCCAACACCUGCUGGUCAGAUGUCCCCUAGCCCCUACCCCACUAUCCUCCAAGGCUGCAGUGCCCCUGCUGCCAACACAGUGGGCAAAAGCCUGGGUUUCCCCUGCUAGUCAAUAGCAGAUUCCUCAGGAAACCUGAUCCACUUGUCAGGUCUCCCCUGAGAGACCCAGGGUUUAGGGUCACAUGCUGCAGGCAAGGCUGUGGCCCAGCUGGGUCUCACAAGGACCCUGCUGUCAUGUCGUGAAUAUUUAAAUGUCCUGUCACUACUGUUCAAAGUCCCAUUUUGCAAAGGCCACUCUAGGAUCUUGAUACUAGCAGGGGUCCUGUUCAGGAGGCUCAACAGCCAGGGCGGGAGCUGACCCUAAUUCUGGAGGCAGAUCCAAGUUUCUGACUAUCCUCUCCUCCUCUUCCAUGAAUGCCGUCCUCCACCCUGCUCCAAGCCAUCUUUUGUGGCAUGGGGGCUCAGCCUGACUAGUUAUGUGAAGCAGAGACGGCUCUAGAGCCACCAUUGUCAUAGCCUCAGAGUAAAGGACCAGGGCAGCCUUCUAAGUGCUCCAUCCGCAUCCCCAGGGACCCUGAGGCAACUCAGUCUCCUGGCCUGGAGAUGCUGUGUGUGCUCUGGUCUUGACCCUGGCAGCCUAGCUCACUGGGCCCAUCUUCCGGCACUGCUCUUAGGAAAAGGGUUCUCCUAGCUGGCAGCAGCCCCAAGCUCACUCCCUACCCCAUCUUUCCUUCUCCUUCUUUUUAAACCUGAGGCCCUUCCUCACUCUGACAGGAGUUCCUAGGUUUUGGCUUGACUUGCUCCAGUCUGGCAGUCAUGCUUGCCUUCAGGCAAGACCAAUGGGUUCAGUGAUACUCACUGGCUCUCUGCCAAAGUCCAAAAGCGUAAGAUGCAAGCUCCUGGUGCUAGUGGGUCACCGAUACCAACCCUGCCCUCUGAGCCUGCAUGGGCCUUGCCCAGCCCUGUGGCCUCUGGGAGUUGGGUCAGCUUACCCUGUAGCACAGACAGGGACUCUCGCUGCCCUGGGAGCUGUUGAGUAGAAUCUAUUGUCCCAGAAUCUAUCUGGGUCCCUUGUGUCCACAUCAUCAUCCUGUUUUUUCUCAUUUCGGCCAAGGGCAGGCUCCCUGGGGCAGGCGGGGAACAACUGCAGAGAUUUAGUGAUUCAUAGGUUUGUACAGUGUUUUAUACUUUGCCAAGCACUUUAUUAGCUCACACCUGUCCACUCACAUGAAGGCCCUGAGAGGCUGAGGGUAGUACUCAUCUUGCCCUUAGAAGCACAGGGAGGCCUUAUCCGCCCCUGCCAUCCAAGCGGCCCUGGCUGGGUCUGAGGUAAAUGUCUUUUCUAUUCCUCUCAUCUGGGCCCCCUCCCCCAACUUCCUGGUCCGUCUCCUCAGGUUGGUGCUCACUUCUUGAAAGCUCCAGGCCCCGCAGGCCCCCUGUUGGCUCCUGGUACUCCAAGACCAGAUGAGGACGAGCAGGGGAUGGAGGCAGGCGGCCCAGACUGCAGAUGUGAGGGGUGCAGGGCGGGGCCCAGAGGGCUCAGCCUAAGGCUUCCAAUCUUGGACUCUUCUGCCUGCAGUCAUCUGUUUGUCCAUCACCCCAGGCCAGAGCAGUCAGAGGGGCAAAGCACCGGGCCGCAGAGCUCAGCUUCCCCUCAGCCUGGGUAACAUCACCGCAUUUCAGUGUCGGUCACAUUUUAAACUGAUCAGCCUUUGUAUAAUGUUUUUUAAAUCAUUUCUAAAUAAAACAGAAAUACAGUGUC